AUGGAACCUGCUGCUAUGGUGAAAAUUUUUGAACGAGCCGAGGCAUUACACGAUACUCGCUACGUAAAUUACAUUGGCUACGGCGACUCCAAAACAUAUAAUAAGAUAGUCGAGAGUGUUUCAUAUGAAGUGAAAAAGAAGGAGUGUGUUAAUCACGUCCAAAAGAGAAUGGGCACGCGGUUGCGGAAUUGUAAAAAGGCGAACAAAGGACUCGGAGGUAAAGGGAAGCUUACAGAUAAGUUAAUAAAAGAUCUAACUUUAUACUAUGGACUCGCCAUUCGGCGCAAUAGUGACUCACUGGAUAAUAUGAAAAAAGCUGUGUGGGCAACUUUUUAUCAUAAGUGCUCCACUGACGAAAAUCCGCAACACGAUUACUGCCCGGAGGGCGCUGAGUCGUGGUGUACUUGGCAAAAAGCUCGCGCGCUCGGUGCUUGUACGCUUCGUUCAUACAAGCACGAAGCAGCACUACCAACAAAUGUUGCGAAGGCAAUCAAGCCAAUUUACGCUGACCUCAGUCGAGAUGACUUACUCGAAAGAUGUUUGGGAGCGUUUAACCAAAACAGUAACGAGAGUUUAAAUUCGGUGAUUUGGAAGUUUGCUCCGAAAAGUGGUUUUUGCGGGUCCCAAAUAGUCAAAACAGCCGCUAAUUUGGCGACCAUAAUAUUUAACGAUGGUCACGUGGCUCUUUUAGAUGUUGCCGAAUACUUGGACAUGUCCAUAGGCGAAAAACUUUUCAAUUACUGCCAUGAAAUCGACCAAAAACGAAUGCAGUACGCCGAUCACGUCUCAGCGGCGAACACGCGCGAAGGACGCUUGAGUGCCAGAAAACUAGCUGAGGACGACGGGAUGGCAUCAAUAGACGCAGAAGAGCUUCUGUAUGGCCCAGGGAUAGCAGACUAA